ACCGUAGAAGAAGGACGCUUCCCGUGAACAGCGCCGCUUUGAAGCUCGCCCGACUGCUUCUCUGCCUGCGCGCGCUCACGAUACCGGCACAUUCGCUGCAUGAUGGCCGAGGGAGGCGGACCCGAGUCGGGCGGCGCGGCAGACUCGGACUCGGAGCCGGUAGCCGCUCAAAUGCCAACCCCGUCAACAGAGAGCCAGAAACAGACCAUUGGCUCCCUACUGAAAACGACUCUGCGAAAGGGCGACGAGUGGUAUCUAAUAGACAGCCGGUGGUUCAAACAAUGGAAGAAGUAUGUGGGAUUUGACAGCUGGGACAUGUACAAUGUUGGCGAACGAAGCCUCUAUCCAGGACCAAUUGAUAACUCUGGACUGUUUUCAGACCAGGAGACUCAGUCCCUGAAAGAGCACCUUAUAGAUGAGCUGGACUAUGUCCUUGUACCCACUGAGGCAUGGAAUAAGCUUGUCGGCUGGUAUGCCUGCCUUGAGUGUCAGAGACCCAUCGCCAGGAAGGUGGUUGAGCAUGGCAUGUUUGUCAAGCACUGUAAGGUGGAGGUCUAUCUGUUGGAGCUGAAUCUGUGUGAGAAUGACAACAUGGACAAUCUGGUCACACGCCAUUUCAGUAAAGCUGAUACUAUAGAUACUAUAGAGAAGGAGAUGAGGAUGCUGUUCCAUAUCCCAUCAGAGAAGGAGACACGACUCUGGAACAAAUACAUGAGCAACACCUAUGAGCAGCUGAACAAGCCAGACAGCACUGUACAGGACGCUGGUCUCUUCCAGGGGCAGGUGCUUGUGAUUGAGCGCAAGAAUGAAGAUGGCACGUGGCCCAGACAAGCCUCCCAUCCCAAAUCCAGUACAACCCCAUCUAGGAACUUUACUACCUCCCCAAAACUCUCCUCAAACUCAUCGGCCAGUAUCUCGUCAACAGUAGCCAACGGAGACAGCAGCUGUAGCCCUGAAUAUACACUCAAUAACAGCACCUCAUCUGGCAACAGAUUGGGCAGCUACAAUUCCUACAGCUCCUCCUACAACUACAGAGAGUCCCAGUCACAGCCCGGCCUGUGUGGUCUCAGUAAUUUGGGCAACACAUGCUUCAUGAACUCUGCCCUCCAGUGCCUGAGCAACGCAUCCCCACUCACAGAGUACUUCCUCAACGACCAUUACGAGGCAGAGAUUAACCGAGAGAAUCCUCUGGGAAUGAGGGGUGAGAUAGCCGAGGCCUACGCUGAUCUAGUAAAGCAGAUGUGGAUGAGUCGCAGCAGCUACGUGGCCCCACGUACCUUCAAAACCCAGGUUGGACGCUUUGCCCCCCAGUUUUCAGGCUACCAGCAGCAGGACUCACAGGAGCUGUUGGCUUUCCUGCUAGACGGGCUCCACGAGGAUCUGAACCGUGUCAAGAAGAAGCCUUAUCUGGCCCUGAGGGAUGCAGAGGGCCGUCAAGAUGAGAUCGUUGCCAAGGAAGCCUGGACAAACCACCGUUUACGCAAUGACUCCAUCAUUGUUGAUAUUUUCCAUGGCCUCUUCAAAUCCACUUUGGUGUGCCCAGAGUGCUCCAAGGUGUCUGUCACCUUCGACCCAUUCUGCUACCUCACACUGCCUCUGCCGAUGAAGAAGGACCGCACCAUGGAGGUUUUCCUGGUGCGAUCAGAUCCUCAGUCUCAACCCACGCAGUAUCGAGUGGUGGUCCCCAAACUGGGUACAGUGACAGACCUGUGCAGCGCCUUGUCCAAACUCUGCGGCAUCCCUUCAGAAAAUAUGGUGGUGGCGGAUGUUUACAAUCACAGGUUUCAUAAAAUCUAUCGACGGGAUGAUGGCCUCAACCAGAUCAUGGAAAAGGACGACAUCUUUGUGUAUGAGGUACAGGAGGAGGACAGUGAGAGGAUGAACCUGCCUGUAUAUUUCAGGGAGCACCACACCAAGCAUGCUGGAAGCUCCACAAGCACCAUGCUGUUUGGCCAGCCUUUACUCAUCACCGUGCCCAGACACAACCUCAUAGCAGAUGUUCUAUAUGACAAGAUCCUAGAGAGAAUUGGGCGCUAUGUAAAACGGUCCCAGAGCCCCAGCACUGAAAGCAGGGCCUCGGCCUCGGCCUCGGCCUCAGCAUCAGCAUCAGCAUCAGCAUCAGCAUCAGCCUCAGCAACGGCCUCGGCCUCGGCCUCGGCCUCAGCCUCAGCCACCUUCGCCAGCUGCAGUCAGGCUGCUGAAUGUUCUACAUCGUCUGGUCUCAAUGCCGGCCUGGGCGGCUGUGGCAGCCCCCUGUCGGAUGGAGCCUCCUGCAGUGCCAGCUCUAGCAACGGCAGCAACCACUCAGGGAACUGCAACGAGACUAAUGGGCUGUAUGAUGGUGAGGAGGAGGCCAUGGACCACCAGGUGAGCCCAGAGCCGGAGAAUGGCCAGUCUGAAGAGGACGAAGAGGAGACCUCUGACUUGGAAAACGGGCCUAAAGGAGACGCAGCCAAGCUGUGCCCUUCACCGGCCAAGCUCUUCACUUUCAGCAUAGUCAACUCUUACGGAACAGCCAACAUCAGCCCACUGCCUUGCGAUGGCAAUGUCCUCAAACUCAAUCCACAUUCCACGGUGGCGAUCGACUGGGACACAGAGUCAAAGAAACUGUGUUACGAUGAACAGGAAGCAGAGGCCUACGAGAAGCACGAGAGCAUGCUUCAGCCCCAGAAAAAGAAAGCCACCGUGGCUCUGAGGGAGUGCAUCGAACUCUUCACAACCAUGGAGACACUCGGAGAACAUGAUCCAUGGUAUUGUCCCACAUGUAAGAAACAUCAGCAGGCCACAAAAAAGUUUGACCUGUGGUCGCUGCCUCAGGUUCUGGUUGUUCACCUAAAGCGUUUCUCCUACAACCGGUGUUGGCGGGACAAGCUGGACACAGUGGUGGACUUUCCCAUUCGGGAUCUGAACAUGUCAGAGUUUGUGUGUGACCCUAAGGCCGGACCUUACAUAUAUGACCUCGUUGCUGUGUCAAACCACUAUGGAGGAAUGGGAGGGGGUCACUACACGGCAUAUGGCAAGAAUAAAGUGGAUGGAAAGUGGUACUACUUUGAUGACAGCAGUGUCUCGUCUGCCUCGGAGGACCAGAUUGUGACAAAAGCAGCCUACGUGCUCUUCUAUCAGCGCAGAGACGAGGAAGCCCCUUCCAAACCUCAACCUUCGGCCUCGCUGGGAGGAGCCCCCGAAGCCGCGGAAGACCACAUGGACACAAAUUGAGGAGCCCUGACUCACAGGGACACGCACUGAAACGCAUACAGACACUUGGACGCAGACACACAACGCUACUUUAGUGACAGAGGACUCCACAGACUUAACGUUAUUAACCCCACCUUCCCUGUAUUUGAUUUUUGUCUUGUAUGUUGUCAAACUAGAGCCAACAGCCUUGUCAGAAGAUUGACCCGAGAGACUUCCUCCUCACAGCGGGUGGCCUGCUGAUUUCUGAACAUAGUUUACUAGUCGGGAACUAAGAGGAUUAUAAAUGGAUAUAGAAUUUUCUCACUGGAUGAACAGAAUGUUAGAAGUGCCCUCAAAUGCAUAGAUAAACAAAUUUUUCUGUUGCCCUCUACAACAGUCAGAAAUAUAUAUAAAAAAAAAAAAGCCAAAUGCUCAUCUUGUUUCAACCAAAGUGUUCCAAGUUAUUUAUGAUAAAAAAUGUACCAUCUUGUAAGACAUUAGCAGGAUAACUGGCAGUGUCCCUGGAAUUAUCUGAUGAUCUCACUAUGCUGAGGUUAACACAAGCUCUAAUAGUGUGAUGUGCACACAGAACAAUAUUAUCAGGCGUGCUUGUUGAAAGAAUUCCUGUGAACUUGCGGCACCUGUGUGGAGUGGAUUACUGAGGGGAACCCUGCUAGCUGCGGCAGUUGUGCUCUCAGCCUGUUGGGUCUGUGUUGCAAUCAAAAAAAAAAAAAGCCACAGAGGGGAUGUCUCAUUUCAAGGUUUUCAAGAUCUGGGUCUUGUGGCAGGAGCUUCUUGAUCGGCCAUCUUUGUAUUUUUUCUUUUUUUUUUUUCUUGACGCACAGCAUGGGGCUCUGCUGUCUCUUGGACCCUAAACUUGUGAGAGGAAUUUUACCCUGCUAACAAUUUUUAUUUUCUUCUUUUGUAAUCACAAUGCAAACGCGGCCUUUUGAUUCCUGCAACCUGACUUAAUAGGAGGCACUUUGAAUUCUCCAUGAGUACUUUAUCUACCUGCUUCUGGUGUAACUAGACAUGAUGACAGAAUUGUAUGGUUUGGCCUUAGCAAAGCGUUAUGGUCUGUCAUACACUACCAGAUGAUUUUAAUGUGUCUUUUUAAGCAAAUUUUAAGUUGAAUUGCUGCCUGAUCGGACCCCUAGCUCACUUGCAACGGCUUGUCCUUAUUAGUCUUGUACAUUAAUGCAGCUCUGUAUUGAAAUGGCUAUGUUUGAUAUUUUCAAAGCACACUGAGUGAAGCGAAAUAAACUAGAAUAAAAGUGGUGCUUAAUUCAUGAAACUUGAACUUGCUCCUAGUCACGAGGAUCAAUCCACACGUGUCGGGCCGAUGGGGGCAGGGCAGCAGUACCUUACACCAUUUAUGAGCCAAUUCUUCUCCUUCCAGUGAUCUUAGCACAAUACUCAGCUGUUUUUAUGUAAUAAGAAAAUGAAUCCCUUUUGUUUUAAUCUUUAGUCUUUUUAAAAACUAAUUUGUCCCAAUCACCCUCAGCACAGUCAUAACGCGUGUCUUGAAUGUGUCAACUGAGUAUAUAAUAGAAACAACUUUCACUCAGCCAAUGAUUCUGGAUCUAUUUCUUGUGGUGUGGCAGAAACUCUGGACUUUGUUGCAUAACAGUCUGUCGUUAUGUUGGGCCUCUUAAUUUCCCUCUUUGCUGGUUGGUCUUUGCCAUCGUCCUCUUGUUCACAGAUGACUACGUAAAGAUAAUCAUUCAUGCCUGUGACUAUAAAGCUUUACAUCAUAUCUAAUAUGACGAAAUACUUAGUUGAAUACACAAAUUCAGCUAGUCUUUUUUUUUUUUCUCAAAUUGCGAUAGCAAUUCAAACUCAAAAAACAACUGAAGAGAUGUAAAUAAUCACACUAUUUUAAAUAGGUGUAUAAAUUCUUGUCGUCAUAUUUAUCUUAUUGCCGAUAUCUACAGUAUUUGUUUUUAAACUGAGAGCUAUUUGAAUUCAAAGUACAAUAAAGACUGGAAGCCUCUA